AUGUGGCGCAUCCCUUACUCAACCUUCUCCGAUCAAACAAAAUUUUCUGUUGUAUACUUCAAUUGGCUUCUCCAUUGUAUUUCCGCUCAUCAUCUCUCUCAUGGUGGCGUCAAAUUUUCAUCAGAUUCAAACGGCGACAACGCUUCGAUGAAACAUAAUUCUGUCGCAUCUUUAAGGUUCUUGCGUAAGCUUCGGCAAAACAAGGAAGAGAUUGACGAUUACAGACUGUUGAAGCUUUUAGAUAUGGUGAAUGAAGCACGGUUAUACAAAGUUGAUGGCAGUGAUGAAAGUGUUGUUGAGGAGGUAGAUUGA